GUUUAAGCGCUGCAGUGAGAUGUGUCAUGCUUUCUGUGUUGUCCCUCAAGGAGCCUCUUCGCCUUCUUCGGCCCCGUCUUGGCGCUCAACUCCGAAGGGCGACCAACGCCAAUCUUGCUCUGCUGCCGCAGCUGGUCUGCGUGGUUUGCUAGUAUCUGGUCAGGUCGAGCGCUUGUGUUCGCUACGUUUCAGUCAAGAGAGCAAAGAAGGCCUCGCUGCCAUCAUAAACCUUCGACAAGCCUGGGAACGAACAAGUUAGGGCGCAAGUGCCUACAAAAAAAAAGCGAAAAUGCUGGUCCCUAUUCUCAAUGUGCAGUCCAUGACAAAGGAAGAGUUCAAGAAGAUGGUUGACGAGAUAGACAAAGCCGUUUCCAGCCCUUUCGUCCAGUCAGUCGAAAAGAAAGUGGGCGUUCACAAAUUUCACAUGCUGGGCAUAUUGAUAGUCCUGGGCGCUAUCGUUGGGAUGUGCAUCAAUAAUGUACAUGCGGAUUUCAUCACCGAUUUGAUUGGAUUUGUGAUUCCGGCGUUCCUGAGUGCAAAGACGGUUGGCGAUAAGAAGCAGCAUGAGCAGUGGGUGGGGUAUUGGGUGGUUUUUGGUUUCCUUGAUCUCCUCGAAUACGCCAUCGAAGCCGUACUCAGCGUAUUCCCGUUCUACUACACCUUCAAGCUCGUCCUCAUCCUCUGGCUCAUUGCGCCGAAAUCCAACGGAGGGGCCGUCAUCUACAACACCGUGCUAAAGCCCCUCUUACCAAAGCUCGAAUCGCUGGGCAAGAAACCCAAAGCAGAAGGCGACCAUGCCGCGCCUGCCGCCGAAGGCGCCCACGGGCCAGCCAAAUCUGAUCAUGGGGGCGGUGGGAAGAAGGACGCUCAUGGAGACCACGGGAAGAAAGAUGCUCAUGGAGGCCAUGGGAAGUCGGAAAAGAAAGAUGACCACGGGUCAAAGGACGGUGGCCACGGACACGGCGAUGCGCAUGGAAAGGAGGGGCACGGCGAUGCAAAGGCGAAGGACGGUGGGAAGGACACGAGGAUAAAGUGGGGUUAUGUAAAAUUGAAAUAGAUGAUAGUUUCCAUUUGGUAUUCUCGUAUGUACGCAUCUGAUAUAGGUAGUAUCGAUACUUUCCUAUGAUGUCGGUCUGCAAGCUCUAGAGAUUCUUCCUACCCUGU